GCGAGGAGGACCGAUUUCAGCCAACGAAGAAGAGACUAAGGCAUUUACACGUGUGUCAGGAGCCGAGACGAAUAUAUUUUUGAAUAUUUGUUUCAAAUCAGUUUUUCUGGACAUAUAACCGAACAAAAAUGCCGAAGGUGAAAGCGGAGAAGAAAAGCAGGCAGCACCAGGAUGUGAAGAACCAAGGGAUCAUGUUUAACACCGGCAUUGGCCAGCACAUCCUGAAGAAUCCCCUGGUAGUCAACGGUAUCAUUGAAAAGGCCGCUCUGCGUCCGACAGACGUGGUGCUGGAGGUGGGACCUGGUACUGGUAAUAUGACCGUCAAACUGCUGGAGAAAGCCAAGAAGGUGGUGGCCUGUGAGUUGGACGGCAGAUUGGUGGCAGAACUUCAGAAAAGAGUACAGUGCACACCCAUGCAGACCAAACUUCAAAUAUUAGUUGGAGACGUAUUAAAAACAGAUCUGCCUUUUUUUGACAUCUGUGUGGCUAAUUUACCUUACCAGAUUUCAUCACCGUUUGUCUUCAAGCUCCUGCUGCAUCGACCUUUCUUCAGGUGUGCCGUGUUGAUGUUCCAGAGAGAGUUUGCCAUGCGACUGGUCGCACAGCCUGGAGACAAGCUGUACUGUCGCCUGUCCAUCAACACGCAGCUACUGGCUCGCGUAGAUCACCUCAUGAAGGUGGGGAAGAAUAAUUUCCGUCCUCCUCCAAAAGUAGAGUCAAGUGUCGUCAGGAUAGAACCGAAAAAUCCUCCACCUCCGGUGAACUUCCAGGAGUGGGACGGCCUCGUCAGAAUAGCUUUCGUGAGGAAAAACAAAACACUCAAUGCAGCUUUCAAGUCAACUGCGGUGGAACAGCUGCUGGAAAAGAACUACAGAAUUCACUGCUCUGUGCACAAUGUGGAAGUGCCGGCAGACUUCAGCAUCACCAAGAAGAUUGAGGGUGUUUUGCAGGAGGCUGAAUUCAGUGAGAAGAGAGCCAGGUCCAUGGACAUUGAUGACUUCAUGGUACUGCUGCACGCGUUCAACGCCGCAGGGAUCCACUUCUCUUAAAUCACAGAGGGGACCGAAGGGGAACAGCUUCAUGACACUCACCUUUAGGAUGGUGGGAGUCAUAAGAGUGGAAAGAAAUACUUUGAUGAAAUAUACAAAGAAUCCAUUUAAAGAGCUCAUAUUGAGCCUUUUUUUUGUCAUGUCCCUGGGCUGCAGAUUGGGGGGAAGAGAGAGGAAGUAAUGAUUAAUCAACAAGUGUAGCCUUAUGAGUUUGUGCAGCCCUUCAAAAUCAAAUAAGAUUGUCCACAAAUGAUUUCACAAUUUCUUGUGCCAACAUCACCUGACUGCUACUAAAUUGUACUACAGACUACAA